UUGUUUUUGUAUCACGUCAGCUGUCUAUUGCGCAACCGAAACUCGUGGACGUUUCUCUCCGGAUUUUGCCAUAGGUCUGCCUCCUGUGAGCCUCGCGCCGACAAGCUUGCCGAGCUCCCCGGACAGGCCGAGCUGCAUGCUAAGCAACCCAAAGUAGAUCCGUUGAUCAAAUGACGUAUGAACAGCGUACUCUGUAUGGACUGGUGACAGAUGCACGCGCUCUUGGUAUUUAUCUAGCCAAGGCCUUGUGAUCUUAUCAUCUCUUACGGUUUGCAACAUCUCCCAACACAUACACCUAAUACCAUCUGUCGUACCGUUAUUUUCGCCUCCCGACAGUGACAAACCUCUUUGCAAGAAAUCUCCAAAGACCACAAGAGAUGGCGGCCCAAGAAUAUUACCUCGGAACGCAGGCUGCGCAAGAACUGCCAGGCAGUCACCCACCACACCCAUAUUCAUCUCAGCCACAGAAGCCGCCACAAUAUCAACAACCACCUGCGCAACAUUACCCGCAACCAAACGUUCAUAAUCCUGCGUAUGCGAAUACGCCUCCUCCGUCCUAUUCAGCAUACUCUCAGCAACCGCAGCAACAACCACAUGGUUAUCCACCUCAACAACAAUACCAGCCUUACCCUGAGAAGAAUGCUCAAGCCAUGACAGCGCCAUACCCACAAACACCACCGGCAGGCUACUUCCCUCAUCAGCAGCCGAUGCCACAACCACAGCAAGCACCCCCUCAAAACAACGGUUACUUAGGCGCUCCCCUCCAACACCACAGAAGCCACUCGCAACCUGCACGUGUGCGCUUCGCAGACCAAGACUCAGAUCGCAGCACAAGUCUAGGCUCCAUGUCCGAUUCCGACGAGUAUUCGCCGCCCCGCCACAGCAACAGCAGACACCAUGGUCGACACCGCAGCCACUCAACCCGCGACUACGAUUCCGACCGCGACCGCAGCGACCGCGAUCGCGACCACCGUAGACACAAGCCUAGGAAAACCCACUCAUAUGACAAAGCACAUGAAGAGAAGCAUAAGAACAGAGAUACCUUCCUCGGCGCAGGUGCAGGCACCAUCAUCGGGGACGCGAUUUUCCCUGGGUUGGGCACUGCAGCGGGGCUAUUACUAGGUGGAUACGGUGGUCGGAAGUACGCUGACACGAGGAGCAAGAGUGACUAUGACGGAACAAGUAAGGAAAGGAGGAGCCAUGGAGGUAGUAGGAGGUUGGGGGAUGACGGAUGGGAUGAGAAGACCAGGACGUAUCGCAAGGGUGCUGCAGUGCGAUGAUGACGACGAUGACGAUUAUGAUCCAACGUUUCCACUACGAGAUUAUGCCUUGCCUUCUUUUUGUUUAGUUUAUAGAUGAUAGUGUAAGGCGCUUUAUUUGGUUUGCU